AUGGUUGAUGUUGCAUCUCUAAUCAGUGGUUUGAUUUCAAAUUUAACACCUCUGAUUAAGGAUGAAUUGUCGUUGUUUUGGAAUUUUAAGAAUGAGGUUCAAAAUCUAUCGAGCACGCUAUCUGCAAUUAAUGCCGUACUCAAAGAUGCUGAGAGAAAGAUCAUGCAGGAGAAGGACGAACAAACGGAAGAUUGGUUGCAAAAACUCAAAGAUGUAUUGUAUGAAGUUCGGGACAUCAUGGAUGAGUGCAGCUUUGAAGAUCUUCGUCUUCAAGUCAAAAGGCGUAAUGCCUCCUCUUCAACCCGGAUCAAGGUAACCAACUUUAUCACCCAUCCUUUUAGCAAUACUAAGAUGCGUCUCAAAAUUGGUCACAAAAUUAAGGAUGUUCAAGAGAAGCUAGACCAAAUUUCUUCGAAACGCCUAAAGUUACAUUUGAGUGAAUUUAUUCAUGACUCAAAAAUAGACAAGUUUACUAAUAGUUGGCGUGAAACCAUGUCUCUUCCUAGUAGUAAAGUAUACGGAAGAGAUAAGGAGAAGAAAGAGAUUAUUGAUAUUCUAGUCAAUAAUACAUCUAGUGUUAGUGCUGCUACAGAACUAUCCGUUCUGCCCAUUGUUGGAAUUGGGGGUCUAGGUAAAACAACACUUGCCCAAAUGGUUUUCAAUGACGACGAGGUUUCUAACCAUUUUGAUCCCAAAAUAUGGGUUUGUGUUUCUGAUGAAUUUGAUAUUAAGUUGGUGAUAAAAUCCAUCAUAGGAGCAAAUAAUGAAACUUCCAUGGAGAUAUUGCAGAAAAUGAUUCAAGAUGAAUUGAGAGGGAAAAAAUAUUUGAUUGUAUUGGAUGAUGUUUGGAAUGAAGAUAGAGAGGAAUGGAAUAAGUUGAGAUCUAUAUUGGAUUGUGGAUCAAAUGAUGCGUUCGUCCUUACCACAACACGCAAAAGAAAAGUAGCAGAAACAAUGGAAACUAUUCCACAUUUUGAAUUAUCGCCGCUCGCUGAAGAUGAUUGUUGGUUAUUAUUCGAAGAACGUGCAUUUGUGCAUGGAAAACCAAAACCUCCCAACUUCAUUAAUAUUGGAAAAGAAAUAGCUAAAAAAUGUAAGGGUGUUCCCUUAGUCGCCAAGAUAUUGGGAAGUCAAUUGUGGUUCAAGGGUGAUGAAAAGGAAUGGUGCAGGGUAAGAGAUAAUGAGAUAUGGGAGAUUUCACAAAAUGAUAAUUCAAUCUUGUCUAUUCUAAGGUUGAGUUAUUAUGACCUCCCUUACCAUUUGAGAAGAUGCUUUGUGUUUUGUUCUAUAUUUCCUAAGGAUACUAAACUUAAAAAGGAUGGAUUAAUCCAAUUGUGGAUGGCCCAUGGUUUAAUUCCUACAGUUAAAAAUCAAAAAGUUGAAGAUGUUGGGAAUACAAUUUGGAAGGAGUUGUGUUGGAGAUCCUUUUUCCAAGAUGAAAAAGAGAACAAAGAUUGGAAUGAUACAGUUUAUACAACAUGUACGAUGCACGAUCUUAUACACGAUCUUGCCCAUUCUGUUAUGAAAGAUGAAUGUUAUAGGAUGGAUGCUAAUAGCUCAAGUGAUGGUUCAGGACUAGAAAUUCGUCAUGUAAGAGUAAAGGUUCGUAGGUUAGCCAAAACAUCAGUUUCUUUUCUUAAGAAAAUUGGAAGGUUGCAAACAAUAAUGCUCGAUGUCUUAUAUGAUGAUGGAAAUGUCACAAAGGAUAUUUUGAGUGUCUUGAAGGAAUUCUCGUCUUUACGUGUCCUUGAAGUAAGGCGCCAUGUGCAAUAUGAAGAUUUGAGUCAUGUGGGAUGUCUAAAACAUCUUAGAUAUCUAGACAUUUCUUAUAAUGAGAUGACAACAUUGCCUGAUAGUGUUUGUGAUCUUUUGAACUUACAAACUUUGAACCUCAGUAAUUGUUUUAAGCUUGAAAGUUUGCCUGGAAAUAUGAGGAACCUUAUUAACUUGAGACAUCUUUAUUUGGAGCAUUGUGAUAGAUUAAAAUAUAUGCCUGGAGGAAUUGGACAAUUGAAACAUCUCAAGACGUUAAGCUUGUUUGUGGUAGGCAAGAAGGAAAGAGAAUGUCAACUAGAUGAAGUAGAAGAAUUGGAUAUCGGCGGAUCUUUGAAAAUUAAGAAUCUUGAAAGAGUUAGCGAUGCAUCUAUUGCAAGAGGGAUAAGUAUGGCUAAAAAGUCGAGUAUCAAUAAACUGGAUCUGGAAUGGACAUGUGAUGAUGAUAAUGAGAGCAAGAGUACUCGACAUGAUAAAAUAGGUGAAGCUCUAGAGGUUUCAACUGUGAUGCUGAAGAUAUUGAAAAUGAGUGGUUACAAAGGUGUGAAUCCCCCUAAAUGGAUGGGAAUGUCAUAUCUUUCUGUAUUAUUCCCUUUGUUAGAGGAACUUUCCAUUACUAAGAUGAUGAAUUUGAGGGAAUUGGUGUCUUCUACUAUUCCUAGUCCAGGAGCAUUCCCUAAUCUAUGCACGCUGAAGAUGAAGUAUUGCCCAAAGCUAGGGGCCUUGCCACCGCAUCUCAAAGCACUCAAAGAUGUAAGUGUUUGGGGUGAAUGUUCUGAUGAAUUUUUAUAUAGCAUCUCAAACCUUAAAGCUCUCACUCAUCUCUAUCUUGUGGGAUUGAAUGAAAGAAGUGUUUUAUUUCGAGCUUCUAAGGCAUUAAUGUUUGAUCACGAGAUACCAUCAUCAUCGAGUCAAAUCCUACGCUCAACUUUCCAAUCUCUUCAAUUUCUGUACAUUCAGAACUGCAACAAUUUAAGGCGUUUGUUUGAUGAGGGAACGAUAAUGGAAGAGACAUUACAGAUAAGUGGCUGCGAAAACCAACAAGAUCAUCAUCAUCUUCAAGGACAAACAGAAGGAACAAGACUCAUGAACUCUCUCACGGAUUUGUCUAUUAGUGAUUGUCCGGAGUUGAUGAUAUCAGUUGAGGAAUUUGGAAACCUCGAUAUUAAUAAUUCACUACAGAUAUUGCAUAUCCGGGGUUGUCCUAAGUUGGUGUCUUCAGAAGAAGCGGACGAUUUUAUGGCACUCCUACGUUCCCUUCGAACCAGACUUGGUCGUGAGAACUUUGAUGUUGAUCUCAUAAAUGAAUAG